AUGGUACAUUGGAUGAUAUCAGAUUUUCCUCUUGGCGCAGCAAUAAUCUAUGGUGGCAUUGAUGUAUUUGCAUAUGUUUUAUUCGAUCGUUUUUCUUUUGGGAGGUCAUUCACAUCUUUCUUAAUCUUUUUCUUUGCUACCGCAACAAUGUUGACUUUCACGCUACUUCACUACGAACAGAUGAUGGAAAUUUAUGACGAAAAACUAGAAAAAAUUGUUAUCCCUGAAUUUAUAGAAAAUAGGCCGUUUAAGGAAACGAAUUUGAUGGAAAAGGACGAAAAAUUAGGUAACGUACUAAGGAUUGUAAAUAUGAAAUUCCUUUCCGAAAUGAACAAAGAAUAUACCAUUGGAAACAUAGAAAAGUUAGUGAAAUUUCAUGAUAAGAUUAUUGCAAGAUUUCUGAAAAGAUAUUUUGAAGCGUAUAAAGACUUGCCAUUAAAAGAUAUUCAAGGCUGGGAUAGAAUUUUGUUGAUAGCGAAGAACAUUCAAGAUGAGGACAUGAAGGAUAUAUACGCCGAUUUGGUCUCACCCGAUAUAGCUCAAAAAUACAGCAAUAUUCGACCCACUACUAAUAAAGUCAAACUGAAACAUUACAAUACCAAAUAA